CCCGACAGCACGGGCGGGGAUGAACAGCUUGCAGCGGUCGCCGCUGCCCGGGUAGCCAUGUCGGACACGCUACCAGGCUUGGGCACGACGGAUGAAACGGUGCCCCUGGGGAGUCUGGCUGGCUCAGCACCGGCACCGCAACGUGACAGCCGACCAAAGACUUACCGUUCGCGGCUACGUCCUGACGGAACGAAGAUGAGCUUGGCUGAAAUCAGAGCACAAGAAGAGGCUGAAGAAGAGGUCGAAGCAGAGGAAAAGGCUGAGGAGGAAGCAGAACGAGCACGGCAAGAGGAGCGAAAUAAGGAGAGACUUCGUAUUUUUAGAACGACUGAAGAAUAUCAGUAAUUCUUUUCCUUCCUUCUGAAAACUUACUUUGUAUAAAUGCCCAAGAUCAUUUCUUGUCUGAACAAAGACUUUGUUCAUAAGAUGAUUCUCUUGCUGGUCUCUGUGGCUUUGCGAAUCGCAGUGAUUUUUGCUCAGGUAAAGCAGAAGAGGCAAAGGCAAAAGCAGCAAGUGGUAAAAAAUUGAAUCGUGCACCUACACUACGCGCUGCGGCCACUGCCAAAAUCCUGUCUCGACCUAAGAAACUAGCAGAACGGGGGAUGACGAUGGAUCCUGCGCAAAUUGCACGCUUGGUGCGCAGCGAGGUUACCUCGCCCGACUCGACGCAGGAGGUCGCACCACAGCGUCCGCAAUUGCGUCGCUCCGACAGCAUGUCAUCAGAGAAAAGUGGUGGAGACGAGAGCUCGGACAGGCGACCACGACUGAUGCGAAGUCAGAGUGGGCUGUCCGCGAGCAGUCGUCGUAGUGCAAGCAGUUACGAUGACAGUGGUUCAGACGAUUCAGGCGACGAUAAAACGAGUGCGGUAAAGCGAAUCACUUUUUCCGCAGUUUACUUACCUUUCGUAUGGCCUUGAUCCUUUUGAUGAUACACGUUAUUAUAUAGAUACUAUAUUUUGAUAGUCGGGAGGCUCCAUGUUGCAAUUACCUGCUUGAUCAAAUCUUCCUCGCUGGAAAAAUACCACGCUCAUGAAUCAUUUACAACAGACAUCUGGUGAUAUGGACGACGAGGUGUUACCGCUUCACUUGCGAAAGAUGCCGGCGGUGAAUACAGGCCCAAUGGAGAGCGCAGAAGAGUUUCGCGCUCGAACCUUGGCAGGGCUUGGCGACAAGAAAAGCGAGAGUUCUGAAGACGACGAUGACAGUGGGUCGGAGGAAAGCUCAGAGGAGACGACCAGCAGUGAUGAUGCGCGUCAGAUGAGUCGUCGGGGACCAGACGUCUUAGACUGGCCAGCGCCGGGAUUUCAGAUGAUUCGAAUGGAAGUAGUCAAAAAGCUGCUCCGUGGUUUUGCAGGUGGAAUGGCGGUUUUUUACGGCAUUGUCAUUGCCUCCGUUGUGCACUCCAUCAUGCUACAGGAAACCAACUUCGCACUCAUCAAACGGCAAAUCGCCGCACGAUUCGAGGGAGAAAUCUACGAGAAGAUACCCGUGGUAAUCGAGAGCGCGCGCCAUCAGUUGCGGCAAGCUCGUGGCUACAUAGAUUUCACGAAAGAUCUUGACGUCGUAGAAUUCACAAACCUCUUUCAAUCCAAAGACACACUAGUCUCCCUAGUGUGGAUCGACGGUGGAAACGGCAGAGUCAGGACAGUGAACGGUAUGUCAAAUUUUUAGUGCAACUUCUAUGUAUAGUUUAGUAGUGACCACUAUGUUAAAAAGGCUAUGCUAGAGUGUCGCAGCAGGAAUUCAAAUCGUAUAGAUACCUUUUCUGCUCUUGUGCUUAAAGAGCGAACUACUAGUAUUUAUAUUCUAGCAAACACAGUUGUUUGGUCCAAAGUCACUGAACCGAGAAAAAUUUUAGAAUGAUUUACAGAAAUAAGAUGAUGAGCAUUCAUAAUUCAGGUGCGGAUCGUUUGCGACGGGUUCGCAUAGACUGGGUAGCAGAAGGCGGGACACCACAGGGCAUUUUCUCGAAUUAUGUUUCGGGCUGGCAGUGGGGUCAAGAAUGGAAAUGGUGGAGCAAUGUCGACGGGUAAUGAUGGCCUUUUAGAAUUUAGAAGUACUCCUGUUGAAUAUACUCUUCUCUGUGAGAUUAUGAAGCUAUCUCAAAAUCAGACCUUCAUUGAUUCAUUGUAGUUUGAAAGCUCCAUAAGUACAAUAUCAGCCACUAAUUGUAAGAGAAGAAGAUUCAUGUCGUUGAAAACUCAUUCCAACAUCUGUUCCAGAUUUCGGGGUCCGACUCCAGUGUACACAUUUUACGAGAAUACGCAACUUUUUGGGCCUGUUCAGGUCUCCAUUGAAUUUGACGUUACCAGCAUCCAAAAAGAGCUCUUUGAGGUGCUGGAUCAGUUCGAUAUGAACGUAUUGAACUACAACUUGUUGCUCGGCUGCUAUUGUCACCCUGAGAGAUUCGCUAUGGAAGUGUAUUCAGCAGCACUAUAAUUGAUAUUCAAGGUAGUUUAUACAUGACUACCGAGUUUUUGUUUCCUAUUACAACAAGCUAAGUUUUUGUGUCUUCCUCUGCGAAAAACGACAAAAAAUAGACCAGGUUGAGGACUUCCCGAUCAGCGUCCAUAUCUAUACGGCGAAUUACGUAGUCGCAUCAGCGGGUGCGGCGCCACUCGCUCUCGGCAGCACGACCAUUCCUUCCGAAUGCACCUGGAACGAGGACCAAGAGUACGUUCGGGUUUGCGUGGAAUCUGCUGGGCAUUGGUUCGGCACGACGUUUCUGUUCGUAAUGCAGGUUCUCAUGUGCGUGCUCUUGUUGGUGCCGCUUGUGUUGAUCUUCUACUUGUGGCGCACACGGGAAAGGUGGAUUUCCUACGCGCGAAACCUGCCUAUGCGUUCGGAGGAAGAGCGACAGCAGGCGCUAGACAAACUAACUCAGUUGAAGAAACUGAAACAACGAUUAGGCCGUACAGCGGAAGACGGCGCGGCGGCCAUGGGAGCCAGCACUACCAGGUGCCAUUUUACUAUGUUGUAACUGAUGUUGGAGGUAAUAUCUUCGAGUGGUAAAAAGUUACAUCUUCAAGCCUAGACUAACAAGCGGAACCAACGUUUUCUCUGGAAGAGUACACUGUUGCCUUUGAAUGCUCACUUUCUACUAGGACGAUUUGCUGUCUGUUAUUCUACUAUCUUUGCGAAAAUGAUUUACCAGUUUUGCGAGCCGUGUGUCGGAUGACAUGGAUGCGGAGGUCGAUGAAAACCGGUUGGACCUGUCGCGGUCGUUCAAGAUGAUGCUGCAGAGCAAUUGUAUUUUUCUUAUAGUAGUUGAAGGUGUUACUAGCGAAUAUGUAACUAGUACUUGCGGUAGGACAGUAAUUAACGACUCAAGCGACUCAGCUCGUCUGGUCACUGCUGAGGCGACUCGGCGCGUCACCAGUUAAGCGACUCGGCCUGUCACUACUUGGGCGACGCGGCCUGUCACUACUUGAGCGGCUCGGCCUGUCACUACUUAAGCGGCCCGGCCUGUCACUACUUAAGCGAGUCCGCCUGCCACCAUUUAAGCGACUCGCCCUGUCACCACUUAAGCGGCUUGGCCUGUCACUACUUAAGCGGCUCGGCCUGUCACUGCUUAAGCGGCUCGGCCUGUCACUACUUAAGCGGCCCGGCCUGUCACUACUUGAGCGCCCAGGCCGUUCAUGUCGAUCUUUCGAGGACAUCUUGAUAGGCUUAAAAGAAUCCACUUCUGGGAGACUCCCAAGAGAGUUGUUGCAUUUUUCCAUUACUCAUCCAAACCACUCCUCCCUCUUCCUCACAGCAACAAUGGCCGCGACUGGUGGACGACGGAGCAGUUUGGAAGCUACUUCAAGCGGACUCUCUGACCGUCUGCGGCAGCUGACAAUCACAUCGGUGAGCGAAGCGUUUGUCUUUGCCGUCGUCCUCGUGACGUUCCAGGGCCGCGUGCAGGCUUCGGAAUACAUCAACAUGCCACAAACGUCUGGGCCAGCCGAUGAGGGUCCAGUGCGACAGCGCUUGAAUUCGGUUUUUGGCAAAGUGAAGACUGCGCUAUUCGGCGAAGCUAUAGAUGCAAACGUGAGCGCCGAGUUUGAGGCGGAAGAACAAGCCAGGCAGCAAGCCCAAAGACUGCAGCAGGAGAGCCAAUUUGGCGCCUUUGGUGGGCCAAAAGAGUUCAAACGCACGGGGACGAUGCUUGGGACGGCGAUGAGCAGUAGCCGGGGAUCUAACACCAUGUCCACUUCGAGGAGCAGUGGCAAAUGAUCAUGGUGCGGGCUUUAUUCCUCGCGUUUCAUUAUUUCUCAUCUGCGAAGAUCGUGAUGAUUUUCGCCAAAAUCAUUUUCACAUGAUUUUCCAGACCCACCAAUCCGCGUUGUCCGCUUCCCAUGACCCGAACCCGUCAUUCCCAGUGAUUUUUCUCUUCUACAGUAAUAAAUCCUGUCAAUUAUACAAAGUCUUCGUGACGAUUUG